CCAAUUUAUUGUAAAAAUGGUUUUGUACAAAACCAAAAAACCCCUUUCUUUUUCACUCUUUUUGUCCCUUGCAAAGUGUUAUGGUGCUGCAUAUGAACCAGUGACACUCCUUCAACCUCUGACCUCUCUCAUCAUCUGUUCUUCAGAAAAUUUCCCAGAGCAAUGUCAGCUAUUCUAUCUCCGGUUCGAUUAUGUCAAAAUCCCAUCAGAACCCGGUUAUUUUCCGGUUAUUUUGGGUCCCACAUGAACCGGAUUUUACCGAGUUUGACUCGGUUUGUUAGUGGUUCAGGUCCGAGUCUGACUCGGAUAGCCGCAUAUUCAACGAGCUCGGAAAAGGAAGCUGCUUUAGCUGCUGCUUCCACUCCCUCUGAUUCUCCUACAAUAUUUGACAAGAUUCUUAGCAAGGAAAUUCCAGCAAAUGUAGUUUAUGAGGAUGAGAAGGUUCUUGCUUUCCGGGACAUCAAUCCACAAGCUCCAGUACACAUCUUGAUCAUUCCCAAGGUUAAGGAUGGUUUAAGCAGACUCGCCAAGGCAGAGGAAAGACACUUCGAUAUCCUUGGUCGCUUACUUUACACUGCAAAGGUUAUUGCUAAACAGGAAGGCCUUGAAGAUGGUUACAGGAUUGUCAUUAAUGAUGGACCCAAAGGAUGUCAAUCUGUUUAUCACAUCCAUGUUCACCUUCUCGGAGGACGCCAAAUGGAGUGGCCUGCUGGCUGAAUGAACGCAUACGCGAGCUUCUGUUAAGAUGAAUGAUAUGGCGCAAAUCAGUGAAAUCUUGUAUUUUUUUUUUUUUUCCUUUUUGGUGCUCAGUGAAAUGUCGUAUUCUGGAUGAUGGAGAAAUACCUAGUUUAUUGUAGAUAGAACCCAGAAUUGCAAAUCGUUGAGUGUACUUGCUUACAUAUAAUUCUGGUAACUAGUAACUCCUGAUCUUUCUGUUAA